GAAGUGCGGGGCUGAGGGGCUGCGGCUGGGACUGGUCUGCGCGGCGUGUCAAGCAGGUGAGCGCGAGCAGCCCGUGGAGACCACCGGGCCACUGGGAACCAGCACGAGGCCGCCUCCGAAGGCCACGGCGUCAGGAUGGCCGGCGGCAAGAACGAGGAGGACGCGGGGUCUCCAAACACCUCAGUCCUUGGAAAAUCUGAACAGUUGAUCAACCUGUUGGAACAGGUCCAACAUCAGAAGGAGCACAGGCUGAGUGGCCAUAGCAUGGACCCCCAAAAGACCACAGCCAUGAAGAUGGAUCCUGUGAAAAACAUCCUUGCGGGAGUCUGAACCCCAAAACCACUGAGGAGAAGACAAGGGAGUGCUCUGGCAUUUUUGGGGAGAUUGAGAACAUUGAGCUUUCAGUGGAUUUAAAGUCUAACAAAAGACAAGGUUCUAUCUUUAUCACUUUUAAAGAAGAGCAACCUGUGAGAAAUAUUCUGGAGAAGUUCAGCUCUAUCAGUGGAAGCAAGAGUUGCAACCUUGCCAAUGGACCUGGUCGGUUUUGGUUACGCAGCCCUCGUGACAUUUGGAAGUAUUUUGGGAUAUAAGCGGAGAGGUGGUGUUCCAUCUUUGAUUGCUGGUCUUUUUGUUGGGUUUUUGGCUGGCUAUGGAGCUUACCGUGUCUCUAAUGACAAACGAGACGUGAAAGUGUCACUGUUUACAGCUUUCUUCCUGGCCACCAUAAUGGGUGUGAGAUUUAAGAGGUCCAAGAAAAUAAUGCCUGCUGGGCUGGUUGCAGGUUUAAGCCUCAUGAUGAUCCUGCGACUUGUCUUAUUGCUGCUCUGAGAUCCAGAGGAACUGCAAAGUUCAUGUCAUCUUACUGUAACAGGCAGGGCGUACUCUUUGUAUUUACAAGGUAAAUUUCAGUGUGGAAGGUUAAGUGUCUUAUGUUAGAAACAAAAGUAACACUGUCACCUCUAAUAUAAACACAACUUUGAGGUGUUUUUUUUUUU